CCACCAUAGCUAUACACAGUGGAGACAUAAGAGACAGAGAGGGAGAGAGCAAUGGCUGCUUUACAGUGUUUCACCGCGUCCUCAGCAAAACCAUUCUCGUCUACUCCCAACAAACCUCCAUUUCUAGGGUUCUCCCUCCCCUCAUCCAAGCCCUCCCUUCAACUCCUUCGGACCAAUUGGACCACCCACAUCCGUUGCCAAGCUAAGGCUGCCGCUAUCCCCGCCGAGCAGCAAUGGAUGUUCGAUCAGACCGAUUUCAAAGGCCCGGAUAUUUGGAAUACGACAUGGUAUCCAAAAGCUGUUGAUCAUGUGAACACAGAAAAGCCAUGGUAUAUUGUUGAUGCCACUGAUAAGAAACUUGGAAGAUUGGCAUCAACUAUAGCUAUUCAUAUUCGAGGAAAGAACCUGGUGACAUAUACUCCUAGUGUGGAUAUGGGUGCUUUUGUUAUUGUGAUCAAUGCUGAGAAAGUAGCUGUAUCUGGAAAAAAGAGGACACAAAAGAUCUACAGAAGACACUCGGGAAGACCCGGCGGGAUGAAAGAGGAGAACUUUGAACAGCUUCAGAAAAGGAUUCCCGAGAGGAUCAUUGAGCAUGCUGUCCGAGGGAUGCUUCCCAAGGGAAGGCUUGGCAGACACUUAUUUAACCAUCUUAAGGUGUAUAAAGGCCCAGAACAUCCUCACCAGGCACAGAAACCCGCUGAUUUGCCCAUAAGGGACAAGAGGAUCGAGAAAAUUUAAUGUUAUCAGAACACUGCUCAGAUGUCAUUGAAGAGGUCUUGCUUCUCCAGCUGUUCAUAUUGUAGUUGUUCCAAUCCUCUCCUCUCGUACUUUUGAUUUUGGGCCUUUUCUGCCAGCUUUUGUUUACUGUACAACAUUCUACAUUUGUACACCUUCACUUAAGCCCUUUUCUUGAAAUUAUAUGAAUGUUGUGAGCUUGUUCAGUAGAGUACCUUUUUCAGUUCUAACAGUCUUCUUAACAAUAAUAAUCCUGAAAUUUGUCAA